GGCCUAAGGCCUUACUUAGUUCAGCCUCCACUGCUUUCCCCAGGCCAGUAACAGGGGACUGGAUUGCAAGCAGGAACAGCUGGGUCUCAAACUGGUGUCCAAACCACUUCUAGGAUGGUUCGGGCGCAUCUAGGCUUGGCACCACAAGGUGAGAUUGUAAAGGACCACACCUUCAGCAGCCCUGGGAUCCGGGUUCUGGGGUUUUGCUCGGGUGGCUGAGCUUCCCACCCCUGCAGCAUCCUUUGCUUCCGCUAGAGGGCAGAAGCUCCUUCGGCAUGCGCACGAGGAAAUGCUGAUAUUCCUGGGGUGUGGGAGGAACACAGACCACCACAGAAAGCCAGCUCCACCAAAGGAGCUGCAGCGUUGCCUUUCCCAUGCAGCCCCACGCUUAAUUUGCUUUCUCUAGCUUCUGGGAGCCCCCCGGGAGCUUCUUGCUAGCAUGCUGCUUACAAUGUCACAACCACAUUCCGUCCCUGUUGAUUGCCUUCCCUGAUUGGUCUGGAGUCUCCUGCUGCUGCAGGACGUUCUUAUAUGGAAGCGUGUCGCCGCAGAAACGCUGCCAGUCUGUUGGCUCCCAGUCCCGUUAGCCCUAUAAGGGCACUAACUGCAGCCCAAUAAGUACCUCGUGGGAGACCGACUCAAUCAGACAGGGCGCUCCCCUCGGCUGUUUGUUCAAAGCGUAGAUUGGGAGUGAUAUUUCCUGGACACUUCAGACAGCGCAAGAGAAGCUGGUAUUUGGAAUCCUACACUGCGUGGCUGUGUUAACACUAAAUAUAGACGUACGGCUUCACGCUGGGGCUUCAGGGCCUCCUCGCAGCGCAGGCUGCUGAAGGAAGGAACAAUGAGUCACGCCUCUCAGGACACUGGCUCUCACGAGGUCCCCGAAGCCAGGAAGCUUUAUAUCGUUGAUUCCAUAAAUGACUUAAACAAACUGAAUCUCUGUCCGGCUGAAUCGCAGCAUCUGUUCCCUCUAGAGGAGAAGAUCCCAGAGCUUGGCACAAGCUCAGGACAUGGAAGCCGCAGUCUGCUUUUCGUGGGGCUGCUGAUCCUGCUGACGGUCAGCCUGGCUCUGGUCUCCUUUGCCAUCUUUCUAAUCAUUCAGACCGGACACAGGAUGGAUGAUGUGUCAAGGAGACUAACAGCUGAGGGAAGGGACAUAGAUGAUCUGAAGAAAAUCAACAACAUGAUUGUCCAGCGGCUCAACCAACUGGACUCGGCCCAGGACUGAAGAAGAAAUGAUUUUGCAAGAAGGACUGCUGACACCUCAGGCCUGAGAAAGUCGCUUCUUCCAGGCAACAUAUUUGUCUGAACAGAAACGUGACCUGGGUCUUAUGUGUGGCAAGCAUGGAAGGGUGCAACUCCACGCCCAGCGGGUUGGGGAAGAGGAGCUGGAAAGGGGUGACCUUAGCGCAGCCUCAUCUUCUGGGGGGACAUGCUUCAGCUAUCAUGGGGUGACAGCGGUGUGGCUCACAUGGAGAAUCCUCAGAGAGUAAGAGCAUUUAACCGUGCAUAUGCAGCUUUCUUACAAACGGGGGAGGGUCACUGUGCCAUUGCGAUGCCUCAUACUCCUUGGCAAAUUCCUGCCAAAGCCCCAGAAUUCAUCCAUCAGAGAACCAGGUGUUCACUUUUUCAAUAAAAGAGCAUUCAGGCAA